AUGGGCGAGAGUGUUGAAAGAUAUGAUUCGCCAAAACUUAAUCGGAGUCGAGAUGAUAAUGUUACUUCAGAAUACAGAGAGAUUACUGAAGAAAAGGCAAUACAAGUGGAUGAAGAAGACUUCUAUGGGCCCGGAGGAACCGGAAAAACAUUACUUUAUCGUGCAUUGCUUGCAAAUGUCAGAUCACAAGGUAUGAUAGCAUUAGCAACAGCAACAAGUGGUGUAGCAACAGCAAUUUUACCAAGGGGUCAUACAACUCACUCUAGAUUUGACAUACCUCUGCAAACAAAUGAAACUACCAUUACGAAUAUGUCUAAGCAAAGUGGCGGUGCAAAAUUAAUAAGAAAAGCAAAGUUGAUAAUAUGGGAUGAAGCACCUAUGGCAAGGUGUCAGACUAUCGAAACAGUUGACAGCAGCUUCAGAUAUAUAAAGGAUAUCGAUGAACCAUUUGGUGGAAAAGUAAUGGUUUUUGGUGGUGAUUUUCGUCAAGUACUACCAGUAGUUCCAAAAGCGACGAGAGCUGAGACGGUAAAUGCUAGCUUGGUAAAAUUAUACUUAUGGCCUAAAAUGAAAAAAAAUCAGUUAACAAGAAAUAUGAGAGCAAGAACAGAUCCAAUAUUAAGUGAUUUUUUGCUUCGCAUCGGCAAUGGGGAAGAGCAUACAAUAAAAGAUGAUAUGAUUCUCCUCCUUGAGCAAUUAGUUGUCAAACCCAACGGUAAUAUUAGUGGUGAAGAUCACUUAAUAACAGAAAUAUUUCCAUCAUUAAACGAAAAUCGAAGUUGUGCAAAGUACAUGACAAAAUGA